GAGCAUGCGCAGGGAGGUCUCCCGGCGGGGUGGCGGGAGGGGCCCGAUCCCUCGGCGGGACUCGGGAGCGGGGGAGGCUCCGGGCCGGGAGUGGGCCCGGCAGCGCCCGGCUCUGCUCUGCUCGCGGCUCCGCCACGGCUCUCCCUUCCUCGCGGCUCCUGUCACGGCUCUCCGCACUGCCAGAGCUCCAUGUGAUGUCCAGGGUCAGAAAUGCCUUAUGUGGAUCGUCAGAAUCGCAUCUGUGGUUUCCUAGACAUUGAGGAAAAUGAGAAUAGCGGGAAGUUUCUGCGGCGGUACUUCAUCCUGGACACACGGGAAGACAGCCUGGUGUGGUACAUGGACAACCCACAGAAUCUUCCCUCUGGAUCUCCACCUGUUGGGGUCAUUAAACUUACCUAUAUUUCAAAGGUUAGCGAUGCAACUAAGCUAAGGCCAAAGGCAGAGUUCUGUUUUGUUAUGAAUGCAGGGAUGAGAAAAUACUUUCUACAAGCCAAUGAUCAGCAGGACCUAGUUGAAUGGGUAAAUGUUCUGAACAAAGCUACCAAAAUCACAGUACCAAAGCAGUCAGAUCCUCUGUGUCAAAUGGAUAAUGCAAACCGUCAAGCUGAAAGCCCAGGUGGAAAGAAGCAAGUCUCUUACAGGACAGAAAUUGUUGGUGGUGUUCCCAUCAUCACACCUACCCAGAAAGAAGAAGUCAGUGAGUGCAGUGAAGGGGCUGACAGGAGUUAUUUGAAGCGGUCACAAAGUCACCUUCCCUAUUUUGCUGCUAAGCACCCUCCAGAUAAUGCUGUUAUCAAAGCUGGUUACUGUGUGAAACAGGGAGCAGUGAUGAAAAACUGGAAGAGAAGAUACUUUCAGUUAGAUGAAAACACAAUAGGAUAUUUCAAGUCUGAACUGGAAAAGGAACCUCUCAGGGUUAUACCACUUAAGGAGGUCCAUAAAGUUCAGGAAUGCAAACAAAGUGAUAUAAUGAUGAGAGACAAUCUCUUUGAAAUUGUAACAACUUCUCGAACCUUUUAUGUACAGGCUGACAGUCCCGAGGACAUGCACAGUUGGAUAAAGGCAAUUUCCGGGGCCAUUGUAGCACAGCGGGGACCUGGGAGAUCAGCAGCCUCCGUUACUCUAAUCUUAGCUUUGCACUGUGUUCCAGAUGCGGCAGGCCAGAAGGCUGUCGAAUCCUUGUAUACAGAGGAGCAUCCCGAGCCUUGUUCCGAACCCAACCAUGCUGUCCGUCCUGCCGGCCCAGCCCCAGCCUCCUCACAUUCCAGCCCUCUGGUCCCAGCCCCUCACCCCAAACCCCCUGCCUUGGAGAAGCGAGGAUUUCACGAGUCUUUUACCAAGGCCAGGCCAGGGAGCUACAAGAUCCAGGCUGUCGCUCCAAGAGAAUCAGCUUCCAAAGUGACUGACCGGGGCCCCUGGGAACCCCGGAGUAAAAAUGGCACUCAGGAACAGGAUCCUGGCCUUGUGGAUCUGGAUGAUGCAAGCCUUCCAGUUAGUGAUGUGUAGGGAUGGAAGCGUUUGGAGAAUGAUCCAUUUGUUCGGUCCUCUAAUUUCCUUGCUCGGACUCGGAACCAAAGAAAAUGAUAGGAAAUGAGAACAAAAAACCGGAACACUGAUGUUAUAUAUAUAUAUGUGUGUGUGUGUGUGUUCGUGGGCACACACGUGUAUAUAUAAUGUGUUUGUAUUUUGCCUUUUCAGCUGAGGGUCAGAAAUGGACCUUAGGCGUUUUCUCAAAGCCUGAUAGUAAAUCACUUACUAGGGAGGGGCCAAACUGCACAAUUUAGAAAAAAAACCAACCCAAAACACGUACAAAGAAAAAAUAAAAGUGCUUCUGCAAGUAACCAAAGUACCAGCAAUUUUUAAUUCCCAAUCUGGCAAAUUUACUAAAUUUGCAGCUAAUGCUAUAUUGUGGAGAACUUAUUGCCAACAAAUGUGAUUAUUUAAUUUCACCUUGAACUACAGCAAGAUUUUAGGCAUAAAUGAGAAUUGUUUCUCUCCAUGACUUUCAGAUAUCAGGAAAUGCACAAAAUGUUUCCUCUGUUCUUUAGUAUCAGCAGUGUCAACUGAUUUGUUAUCAGAACAAGAAUUCUGAACUCCCUUGGAAUUCUAGUUAUGGUGCUGUAAAAUUUCCACUAAAAUAAUAUUUUGCCUAGUCAGCCUAUUUUUGAUGCACUCCUAAAGGUGGGUUAUAACUUUUUGCACAUUUGGAUUUCAAUGGACUGCACGUAGUGAUGUUUUGGAGGGGGGGAGAAGAGAAAUUGGGCUUUGGAAUUUGGACACUUUAGCUCUUUUGAACUAAGUAAGUAGGGUUUGUGUUACAUUAGGCUUUGCAGCAAUUAUGUUUCCUUAACUGUUUAAAUGUAUCAUUUACUGUUUUGAGAGUGGUUUCCUUACCAGUGCUUUGUGAACAGUUCUUGUUUCUGUAUUGAUCAGUGGAAGACCUCGUUGUUUAGUUUUGUUGUUAUUGGUACUGAACUGUUCCUAGUCCUGCAAUCGUGGCCUAUAACUUUUGGUGCACUAAUAAUCUGAAGUGCCUGUGUUUUUCUCUCACGCUGUUGAAACACUUUUGAGUUAGUUAAGUACACAAACCAUUCCCGAUGGUUUUGAGCGUUGGCUUGGAGUUGCUCUGGAUAGCAUAGUAUGAAACAGCUAUUUAAAAAAGGAGGCUUAUGUUAGGGAUACCAGUGUUCUGGUAUUGCACCCACUGGCUGUGCAAUAUGUGUGUUUAAAAAAGUGAGUAUUUGUUGUGUGUGUACACUGUGUUAUGGGGCAUCAGUGAUGCGAAUGAGGAGAACCUUUACAUUUCAAGUAUUGGAUUAGAUGGUGUGUACUUUUCAUCAUUUUUGAGAAAAUGUUGCUUUAAUCAACCCCCCCCCCCCCCAAAUAUCUCGUGCUGCUGCUUACUGUGAUUCAGAUUGUCCAGCUUUGCAAUACCUUUUUUGUCUCCUGGAACCUGAGAUAUACAUAUCAUUCAAGUCCAUCUUCUCUCCGACUUCCAAACUGACUUCCUGCUUGAGAGAUAUGGAUGGCAUUACCACAGCAAUUUGUUGAUCCCAGGAUAGAAUAAUUGGUGUCAUAUAAGGAUGGAAUAUAGUUAAUUUCAAAACCUUAAAUUAUAUCAGCACCUUCUUUUUGUUUUUUAUUUUAUCCAUAAGCUAACUAACCACUGUGUUAAGGCAGUGGUAUCUGUAAAUUACUGGUUUUGUUUGACUCUUUAGAUAUAUGUGAAAACUAGCACAGAAUUGGAAGUUACUGUAAAUGUCUGUACUAGUAUUGUAGGUUUUAAUUUCUAUAAAGAUAAAACAAUAGCUCUUUAAAAGCUUAUUUUUUCACAAGUACAUUCUGUGUGGAAGACACUUUGCAUUGAAAUAUUUUUACUGUAGUCUAACAUCUGAAUUCACUUGCUCUGGUACAGCUUUCACACUGCAUGGUCAUUUUAAUAUAUUUUGGUAUUGGCAAUUUUAAACAUUGGGUGGAGGUAAAGCAGCUCCAUUAUGGGACUUUUAAAAAGAGGGAAAAAGAAAAAAAGAGAAAAAAGAAAAGAACUACUGAUGUAGUUCGGUAGCAUAGCAAAAUAUUUGUGGUUGGUAAUUGUCAGGGUCUCCUAUUUAUCAGUACUUUUAUAAAUCUAUGAAAUUGUUAAAUUAUUUUAGAAACAGUGCUGUAAAUAUGUCACAUUUAAAUUGUCAAUAAAUCAGUUUGGGUAACUUAAAA